AUAGAGUGGCCAUGAAAUGUUAAAUGUUCUAGUCCUUCUAGUGUUGCUUCGCUGGCGGGUCCGCGAGGUGGCUCGGAACCUUUCCUUCCGGGACUCUGUGCCGUCCGCGGGCGGAAGUCGCGGCCCGGCGGGCCGUGUGCACAGCUCGCUCUGCGCUGCGGUGAGGGACUGCAGGGUCUCAGAGCUCCUGGGACCUCUGAAAUCACUCCGGCUUCAGGAUCUCUUGCUGUGCCACAGCCAACCUUGUUCAGCAUCUGUAACCCUUGAGGAAUUUGGGUCUGCUACGAAGAAACAUCAAAACUGGAAGCUCAGAGGGGCCAUGGCUGCGGAUACGAAUUUCCAGCAGAAGAUCCAACCAUUGGCUGCAGAGGAGCAGCGUGGGGCCUGUGAGAGGUGGAUGUCCUUUGAGGAUGUGACUGUGGACUUCAGCCAGGAGGAGUGGCAGCACCUGAACCCCGCCCAGCGACGCCUGUACCAGGACGUGAUGCUGGAGAUCUACAGCCACCUCUUGGCAGUGGGAUACCGCAUUCCCAGCCCUGGAGUCAUCUUUAGGAUGGAAAAAGAAAAGGAGACACAGGCAGGGAAGACUGAAUUCCCAGGCCAGCAGUGUCCAGAAAAAUCAGAAACCUCAGCACAGAAAGUAUCUGAGGAAGCUUCAGUUCACAGUGAUCUGACCAGUGAAGUCACAAGAAAUGGUUUGUGGUGUUCACUUUUGCAAGAACUACGGCAGGAUUCUGAUACUGCUAAGAGAGAUAAACAAAACCAGAUUCUGCCCUUGCCUCCUGGCUCCUUCCUCAAGAAAACUCUGAGCACAAAUAAUGGACAUGAGUAUCAAAAGCCCAGGGAAACCGUUCCUUUGGGACCCUACCUCAUUUCUACACAAGAGAAUCUUCCAGAAUAUUGCUUACUUCCAAAAAGUUUGGAGCUAAACCUUGGAGCAAAUGGUCAGAAUGAAAGCAGUGUCACCGAACAGCUUAUUAACAUUGUCGCAGCCAGUCAGCUCCUGGUACGAGGCUCUUGUAAUGCUAACUGUGUGGUUGCUCAUGGAGGAGAAUCGUGCAGAAGUACUGGGAAUGGAGAAGUUCUCAGCUAUCAACAACCACCGGUACAUGAAAACCAUUCUCAGGAGAAAGCAGAUCAAGGCUCUCGGUGCGGGGAAGCACUCUAUGCCGUAUCUUUGCCCAAACCUGAGAUCACUCUCACUUUGGACAGACCUCUUGUUUCGUUCAUUGGUGGGAAGGCCUUCCUUUAUGUGUCGGAUUCAUCGAGUGAUCCAUUCCAGCUGAAGGUGGAUCAUCCAGUUCACACUGGAGGGGAACCUUACAAAUGCAGCCGUUGUGAGAAAACCUUUUGUACUAAAGCUGCACUCCAAGAGCAUGAGCAAAUUCACACAGAGGAGAAACCGUAUGUGUGUACACUGUGUGGAAAAGCCUUCAGAGACAGGUCAGCUCUCUAUGAACAUGAACUGAUUCACAAGAAUCACACGCCUUUUAUCUGUGACAAAUGUGGGAAGGCCUUCUUACGUAAGUCAGAGUUGAUGUCCCAUAAACAAAGUCACAAUGGAGAGAAGCCUUACAAAUGCAAUGACUGUGGAAAAUCCUUUAAAUUUCCGUCCCAGCUGAAGGUGCAUCGUCAAAGUCACACGGGCGAGAAGCCUUAUGAAUGCCAGGAAUGUGGAAAGUCUUUCAGCAAAACGGCCAAACUCAAGGUGCAUCAGCGGAUUCACACGGGGGAGAAGCCUUAUGUGUGUUCUCAGUGUGGAAAGGCCUUCAACCAGAAGUCAAUACUAGACAGACACGAGAAGCUUCACCCCGGGGAGAAGCCUUACAGCUGCAGGGAGUGCGGGAAGUCCUUUAAUUACCCGUCCCAGCUGAAGGUGCACGGCCACAGCCACACGGGGGAGAAGCCUUACAAGUGCCAUGAGUGCGGGAAGUCCUUCAACUUUCCCUGUGAGCUGAAAGUGCAUUAUCAGAACCACACAGGAGAGAAGCCGUACAAAUGCCGUGAGUGCUGGAAACUGUUCAGUAAAAUGUCCCAACUGAAGGCACAUUCUCGUGUUCACACAGGAGAAAGACCUUACAAAUGCAGCCACUGUGGAAAAGCCUUCUCUACGAAGGAACAAGUCCAGGAGCACGAGCGGAUCCACACAGGGGAGAGACCCUUUGUGUGCACCGAGUGUGGGAAAGCCUUCAGCAGCAGGUCCUCUUUCCGUAAACAUCAGUUAAUCCACACGAAAGAGAGGCCUUUCGUCUCUCAGAAGUGUGAGACAGGCCUCCAGGAGCCGACUUUGACAUCCCACCAGCAGCUUCAUAUUGGCGAGAAGCCUUACAAGUGCCCUGACUGCGGGAAGCUGUUUAAUUAUCCAUCCCAACUGAAAUCACAUUACCAAAUCCACACAGGAGAGAAGCCUUGCAAAUGUCUUGAUUGUGGGAAAUCAUUUAGUAAAACUUCUCAACUGAAGGCACAUUCUCGAAUUCACACAGGGGAGAGGCCUUACGUGUGCUCUGUGUGUGGAAAGGCCUUCAAACAGUUGUCAACAUUGAGCAGACAUGAAAAAAUUCACCUGCUUGAGAAGCCUUACAAAUGCAACUUUUGUGGGAAAUCAUUUUGUUCUCCAUCUGAACUGAAGGUGCACCUUUUAGUUCAUACGGGAGAGAGGCCCUACAGAUGCGGCAGCUGCUGGAAAGCCUUUUGCACUAAGGUCCAGCUCCAGGAGCACGAGCGGAUUCACACAGGAGAGAGACCCUACGUGUGCGCUCACUGCGGGAAAACCUUCCGAAGCAGGUCGGUUUUCUCUAAGCAUAAGCUGAUUCACAGGAAGGAAGCGCCUUUUGUCUGUGAGAGGUGUGGGCAAGCGUUCUUACACCCGGCUGAGCUCACGUCUCAUGUACAGAUGCACACUGAGGACAAGCCUUAGGAACGGCGAGACGGAGCAUGCCGUCAAAUUACAUGGCGAAGCAUCUGUGGGGAAGUCUUGCUUCCUAACGCCCUACGCCGACAGCGUGAACAAAUGGCAUCACCCAGGAGAGACCCUUUGUGCUCUGAGUGGGGAGCAGCUUUCAGUAGCAGGCUAACUUUCUAGACAUCACAUGUCUCAUGCUAGGGUGCAUACUGAUACUUUUUAUGAUCUAACAAAUAAAGCUUUCCUGAAGAUCAGAGUACAAAGUUAGCCACACUAGUCAGCCAUAGAGGCCAGGCGGUGGUGGUGUAUGUUUUCAAUCCC